AUGGGUGAUAGAUUAAAGUUCUAUAAGUGGCUCAUAUUUCUGUUCAGCUUUAGUAAUUUUGAUAAAAUUUAGUUGAAUUUUUGUACUACCUAAUUUAUUUUAAUUUAAUUUAUUUUAAUUUAUUACCCUACCUAUGAAAGCUUUAAGAAUGUUGCAUUUUAAAUUGGUCCCAGAAGAUUAUAUUAAGAAGACUGCGCAAUGCGCUCAUAUAGCACUGGGCUGCAGUCGCAAGGCGCACCAGGCUGCGGUCCGAGGGUCACAGCUGACUCCACAAAUAGCUGCCCUCAAUCCGAAGGUCCGAGCGUUUGUAGAACGUAGCGCUGCUCUAUGUGAACCCGAGCAUGUCCACGUGUGCGACGGUUCAGAGCUGGAAGCCAGUGCCCUACUGCAGAUCAUGCUGCAACAGGGAACUGUCAAGCCGCUGCCUAAGUAUGACAAUUGUUGGUUAGCUCGCACGGAUCCGGCUGAUGUGGCCCGCGUGGAGUCCCGGACGUACAUCUGCUCGGAGAACGAACAGGACGUCGUACCAGUCGCCAGGGCUGGCCAGAAAUCUGCACUGGGGAACUACAUCACGCCCGUUGACUACGACAAAGCAGUCGCUGAUAGAUUCCCAGGGUGCAUGCGAGGUCGUACAAUGUAUGUGAUACCGUUUUCGAUGGGACCUGUCGGCUCACCUCUGUCCAAGAUUGGAGUAGAGAUUACUGACUCACCUUACGUCGUCUACUCCAUGAGGGUCAUGACCAGAAUUGGUGCAUCAGUAUUAGAAGCCCUCCGCAAAGACGAGAACUUUGUCCGUUGCCUGCACUCGGUGGGGAGGGGUGAGGACUCCGGGGUGGCUGGCUGGCCCUGCGACCCCAAGAGGACCGUCAUCCUACACAGGCCCUCAAACAAUGAGAUUGUUAGCUACGGGAGUGGCUAUGGAGGCAAUAGUUUGCUGGGAAAGAAAUGUCUAGCGCUACGUUUGGGUUCAGUCAUUGCCAAGCGCAAAGGUUGGCUGGCCGAACAUAUGCUGAUCGUCGGCAUAACAGACCCCAAAGGUCGCAAGAGGUACAUAGCGGCGGCGUUCCCUUCAGCUUGUGGCAAGACUAACCUUGCGAUGAUGAUGCCUUCGCUGCCAGGGUACAAGGUGGAGUGCGUCGGUGACGACAUCGCGUGGAUGAAGUUCGAUAGGAAUGGUAUUUUGAGAGCCAUCAACCCGGAGAACGGAUUCUUUGGUGUUGCACCAGGCACGUCGGAAGCGACGAACCCCAUCGCGAUGGCAACAAUAUUCAAGAACACAGUGUUCACGAACGUUGCGGAGACCAGCGAUGGUGGUGUCUGGUGGGAAGGAAUGGGAGAUGCUCCUGAGAAUCUCGUAGACUGGAAGGGUCAGAAGUGGGAUAAGACCAAGAAAACUCCUGCGGCUCAUCCUAAUUCUAGAUUCUGCACUCCGGCUGAACAAUGCCCGAUUAUCGACGGGGACUGGGAGAGCUCGGAAGGCGUUCCGAUAUCCGCCAUCUUGUUGGGAGGGCGCCGCCCCUCCGGAGUCCCCCUAGUCGUUGAAGCCCGGGACUGGAAGCAUGGUGUGUUCAUGGGAGCCUCCAUGAGGUCUGAAGCUACCGCAGCUGCCGAACACGCGGGUAAAGUGGUGAUGCAUGAUCCGUUCGCGAUGCGCCCGUUCUUUGGCUACAAUUUCGGUGACUACCUCCAGCACUGGCUGUCGAUGCCUCAACCCUCGCGUCAGAUGCCCAAGAUCUUUCACGUCAACUGGUUCAGAAAGGAUCAACAGGGUAAAUUUCUUUGGCCCGGUUUCGGUGAAAACUCUCGUGUUUUGGAUUGGGUCUUACGUAGAUGCGAUAAUGAGGCUUGUCAUGUGGAGACUCCAUUGGGUUUUGUACCAAAAGAUGGUGCUCUAAACACUGAUGGUUUACCACCAGUCAAUAUGAAGGAACUGUUCAGCAUACCAAAAGAUUUCUGGCUACAAGAGGCUGAAGCUAUCGAGAAAUACUUCAAAGAAGAAGUGGGCGAGGACUUGCCUAAGGAGAUGUGGGAAGAACUGGCAACACUCAAAAACAAUAUCCAACAGUCGUAGACAAGUCUUAUGUUAACAGAUUAUAAAUAAUUUGUGUACCUAUAGCGUAUAACAUUUAAAUUGUUCCCGUACCCGAUAGAUACCAAAUGGCAAAAAACAUUUUUAGGUAUAAAAUAUAUUUAUUACCUGAUUAAAUAGUAUAUUCUUUAUAUUUUCAUCAACUAAAUUAUAAAUGUGUCAUACUCGUAUCUAUCAAUUAUUAAUACAGUAUUGACAUUUCGUUCUAUUGUCGCUUGGUUUUUGGUUACAAAAAGGCAUAAAAGGCAUUUAUUUUCUCAAAAUUGAUUCCUUUAGAAUUCUUUUUGAUGUCAUUUCUUAUAGAUCAUAAAAUGACGUCAUGAGCAGAUACAUAGGGUAUAAAUAAUAGAAAAUAUUUUUUUUCUGCCAAUUUACAUUGUAGCUGCCAUAUUAUAAUGCAGACAAGUUAAGAGAGGAACUGUCUUUUUUUAAUUCGAAAAUUACAAAAUAAAUAAUAAGAAAAACAAUGCAUGCAAAAUUGAAAAAAAAAAACACUUUCAAAUAUAUCGAUUGAAAUUAUGGAUAUAAGAAUUAUGUAGUAUUUAUCAGUAUACGAACCCUAUACGAUACCAACCGAUUCAUGAAUAGAAUUGUGAAUUGAUAUUUUGGUCUUAUAUCAUUUAUUUAAUUUUUUUAUUUUACAACUUUAGAAAACUUACCUACAGCUAGGUACAUAUUAAAAAUUAAUCUAUAUUAUAAAACAGAAAGCUAUUUACAAGUUUUCACAAAUAAUCACUUUUUAUUGUGUAUAGUCGCUUACCUUUAUUUAAUAUAAUAUUAUAUAACCUACUUUUAUUUUAUAUAAGUUAAAAGUUUUUAUUUACCUGCCGUGAAAAUUGAGGUUGACAGUUAGCCUCUACUUUGAGCACACUAACAUAAAGUGACAUACAAAUCCUGAGUGUAAGACGUAGCUUAUCACGCAAACUAAAGUAAUAAACCUGGCCUGUUUUUGUCGGAUGUCUAGCAGCAAGAGGCGUAUAAAGUUAUCUAAGAUUUUGGUAUUUUUUUUCUAAUAAAUUUGUACAGUAAUAAUAGUAACUGUUAAACAUUUUAUUUGUAGUAAAAAAUACCGACGAAUUUAAUUGUUUAUACAUACAUACAAUCAUUCUUUUGCUGCCAGGGAUAUUUUAAGUAUAGAUUAAGGACUUAUAGCCUAAACACAUGAUCGGAUUUGGUACGGUCGAACCAUCGGACGCGGUCUGGUAGCGGACUAUAUUCGAUGGCUUCUCGAAUUAUCCAUUAUACGAAAUUAUUAUUACCGUCCGGACCGUACCGAGUACGAAGCCGGACAAAUUGAUGUGAGGCGCCCACCCGACCGUCCGAUGGUCCGGCCGUACCAAAUCCGACCAUGUGUCUAGGCUACAUAAUCUAAAUUUAGAUAAACUUUAGGUCUAAGUAUGUAUAUUUUACUUUGAAGUUCUUAUUAAAUUUUAUAAUUUGUAAUUGUUUCCGUUUUGUGUGAUUAAUGUGUAUUAUAUUUAAGGGUUUAUUUUAGAAACACUCUCUAGUCUUAUGCUUCUAAAAAUAAAUCAUCACUUUAAAUGUGUAGGUAUUAUUUCGUCAUGCUAAUGUUUAAAAGCAAAAUGGCUGUGCUAUUUAGGAGCUAUAUUUAAAAUGUUUCUCAUAAAAAACUAUAAUAUAUAAUGAUACAUAA